AUGUGUACCACAGCCUUCAAGAAGAUGUGCCGAAGGCUUGGAAUAGCAAAGUGGCCGCAUCGUCAACUGCGGGGAAUCGACAAGAAAAUUGCCGCACUGAAAGCCGAACUGAAUUAUGCUGCGAUGAAUGAUCGUCAUCAAUAUGUUGUAGGAAUCCAAAGUUUGGAGGAGGAGAAGGCUAAGCUUUCCCAUGGCAUGCUCAUUCCUUCUAUGGAUACCAGUGAAUCGGAGGGUGAAUCAAGUCGUUCCCCUCGGGAGUAUGAACGUGAUUACGAGGAGAAGCAAACUCCACCGCCUCGCCUCUCGGUUUUGAGCGGGGGACAUGAUGUAUCAGAUGAUGAGGACCUUGGAGGAGAGUAUGAUGGCAACUCAGAUAGUUGUUCUAAGAGUGAGAAGAAUUCUGGAUCGUCCACGUUAAUGAUAAGUGAAAAGGAUCUCAGACAGAAUUUUCAUUUGCCCUUGCAUACUGCUGCACAGAAAUUCGGAAUUUGUACAACCGCUUUCAAGAAACUAUGCAGGCGAUUUGGUAUAGCAAAGUGGCCUCACCGACAGUUGAGAGGCAUCGACAAAAAGAUUGCAGCGUUGAAAGCAGAACUCAAUUAUACGACCGGAGAUCGGGAAGUUUGCUGUAAGAGUCUCAAGGCUUUACGCGAGGAAAAACAAAGGAUUUCUCGCUCUUCAGGAGACAAGAUUAAGGAAGCGGUUGUAUGCUCACCCAAUUCAAAAGAGCAUCUGGAAGACGACCACGAGCAAAGGAUUCUUGGAAAAGAACGAAAGAAUGGUGUGGUAACUACAAUGGCUUCCGCAGCUGCAAGCAAACUAAGGACAAAGGAAGAGAUGGAGUGCGCAUCGGCACUGAGCAUGCUCGCAGCCGUUGCUGGAUUCCAGGAAGAAAAUGAGAAGGAUUCUGGUUUCGUUUCUCGGGGUAGUUUGAUUCGAGACCUCAUCUGUGAAACAAGCCAAGUCUUUGAAGCGUGUAGCACCGACGAAGACAUUGGACAUCAAGGCGAUCCCCAUGAUACCCCUCCGCUGGAACCCAUCGCGACGUUGACACCUCCGUACAAAUAUGCAAGGAUUCCACCCAUUGUGCCUAACCUGAUCAACUGCUCCUCGAGCGAGUGA